GAGGAAAGAGAUUGAAUGAGAGCAGAGAUAGAUUGAUUGCAGAGGUGGAGCUCUGUGCGGGUUCACAGGGUGACAGAAGAGUGAGGAAGAGAAAGGGUGGAGUGAGAGAGAGAGUGUGGAGGGGGUGGACGACACACUGGUGAGCCCUGGCCGAUCUGCAGGAGCUGCCUGUGGUGGUUUUCUGGAAGAGUGCAUCUGUGUCACCUACUUUUUGCCCCCGGGAGAGGCCUGCUCCUCCGAUUGACGGCAGAAGCGGGGGCUGUGGAUACUGACCAUCGAUGCCAAAGAUGAGAGACAAUGACUUGUCCAAUGGGGGGCUGGAGAGCCAAGUGGAUGAAGAGGAGGAGGGGGAGGAGGAGAAGAAGACCAAGCCCUUGAACCCCUCCAGCCAAUCCCUCUUCUCCCCACAGCUUAAGGCCAUGAUGCGGAUACGGAACAAGUACCAAGCCCUGAAGAAGCGGCGCAUCAGCUCCAACAGCGCCGCGGCAGCGACCCCCAGGGCCAACAUUCCCGAGGUCUUUACCUUUGAGCAGCUGACGGAGCAGAAGAAGAGGAGGAGGAAGUCCCGCGUGCUUUUCCCCAGCGACAGCCGCAAGUUCCUGCCCAAAGAGAAGGAGAGGAGUCGUGCGAAGCCCUUCUUAAUCCUCUUCAGCAUCAUCGUCUUCCUCCAGGUUUACAAUGCCAUUGAGAACCUAGAUGACCAUGUGGUGAAGUAUGACCUGGAGGGCUUGGAGAAGACCUUGGGGAGGGAGGUGUUUGGCCAGAAGCGAGGUGUGGAGACUCUGAUGGAGCACCUGCGAGAUUACCUGUCCACUUACUCCCACAAGCGGCCACUGGCGCUGUCUGUCCACGGGCCCAGCGGCGUGGGCAAGAGCCACCUGGGCCGCCUGCUGACGCGCCACUUCCGCUCGGUGGUGGGCGACCAGCUGGUGGUGCAGUACUUCGCCCUACACAACUGCCCGCCGUCGGAGAGCCCCGGGCGGUGUGCGGUGGAGCUGACGGCCCGCGUGGCGCAGGUGGUGGCCCGCGCCGAGGCGGCCGAGCGCAUUCCCGUGGUGGUGCUGGACGAGGCGCACGCCAUGCGGCCACCCGUGCUGAACGCCCUGCUGGAGCUGCUGCGGCCCGACCAGAGCAACGAGUUCCUCAACGUCGUCUACAUGCUCCUCGGCAGCCUGGGCCACGAGGAGAUCAUCCGCCACGUCCUCCAGAACUCUUCCUCCUCCUCCUCCUCCUCCUCAUCCUCCAGCUUCUGGAAGAGCCAGGAGGACGUGAUCCGGAGCAGCCUGGCCGAGCAGCACCCGCUCUGGGCAGAGGUGGACGUGGUGGCCCUGACGCUGCUGGAGAGGAGCCACGUGGUGGAGUGCUUCCUGGAGGAGAUGACGCGCGAGGGCUUCUACCCUGACCUCGGGCACGUGGAUCAGCUGGCAGGGGAACUUUCCUACUACUCUGCCGGGGGACGACAGUACUCACAAAAUGGCUGCAAGCAGGUGGUUGCCAAGGUGAACCUUCUUUGAGUGCAGCCAUUUUAGCAUGGGAGUGAGUGUGUGUGUGUGUGUGUGUGUGUGUAAGUGUGUGUCUCUGCCUGUGUGUCCAGAUGUACCUCAAUGUUAAUGACAGUCUUUUUAAUUCAAAUGAAGAGCUCAUGGCACCAAUUAUAUAAUGGCUAUUGACAUUCUGUUUUUGACAGUUUUUUUUUUUUUUAAUUCACAAAUGUGUUAUUGUUAUUAAAC